AUGGGUGCAUGUUGUUCGUGCCAACGAAUUGAAAGGUUUGACGGUUUCUAUGCUGCGGACGAGGUUGUAGAGAAAACGAUCGAAGACGAGGAUCUUUAUGUAAGAAGAGGCGAUCAUGGCGCUCGUGUGAGGCUUCAAGGAUCGUCCAAGUACAUUUCUACGUUUAUUCAACAAGGCAAAAAGGGAACCAACCAAGAUGCCAUGACAGUAUGGGAGAGCUUCACAGGAGAGAGGGACAUGAUCUUUUGUGGUGUCUUUGACGGACAUGGUCCAUCCGGCCACGUUGUGGCACGUUAUGUGCGUGAUCUCUUGCCCUCCAAACUUUCAUCGUCAUCAUCAUCAGCAUCUAAGGGUUUUAAUAUCAGUGCUGCAAGCAGUGGUGGUGAUGAAAAUGCUGGCAAUUUUGGUGAUGGUAGCAGUCAUGAUUGUGACAAGUCUGAGAAUCAAUUCUAUUCUUCAUGGAAAGCUCGCAUAUUGAAGUCCUUCAAGGAAAUGGAUGAAGAACUUGAAGGUGACGCCGGUAUUGAGAGCUACUGCAGUGGUACAACUGCAGUGACAGUGAUUAAACAGAGAGAGCACCUGAUUAUUGCCAACUUGGGAGAUUCUCGAGCUGUUAUGUGUACCAGAGAUGACCAGGAUCUGCUCGUUGCCGAGCAACUGACGGUUGAUUUGAAACCAAACCUACCAAGUGAAGCUGAACGGAUUAGAAGUUGCCAAGGCAGAGUUAUGGCGAUGGAAGGAGAACCGAAUGUGUACAGGAUAUGGAUGCCUGAUGAAGAUUGCCCAGGUCUUGCCAUGGCAAGAGCAUUUGGAGACUUCUGCUUAAAAGAUUUCGGCCUCAUUUCAACCCCUGAAGUAUUUUACAGAAAGCUCACAGAGAGAGAUGAAUUUGUGGUCUUAGCAACUGACGGGAUAUGGGAUGUUUUAUCAAACAACGAGGUGGUAAGAAUAGUUGCAUCUGCAAGGAAGCGAUCCACGGCAGCCAAACUUCUGGUAGAUCGUGCCAUUCGAGCAUGGAGAUAUAAAUAUCCAUGCGCCAAGAUGGAUGACUGCGCAGUCGUAUGCCUGUUCCUAAAACGCCAGCGACCAUUGCUGACCAAGUCCCUGUCAGAAGUGACUGAACUCAGCUUAAACUAUACAGAGCUCGGUCCUGUAUCCCAUAAUUAUGUAUCAAGCUCGCGAAGUGACGAUGGCCUGGAUACCGUUUUGAACUGUCAAGUUAAAGAAAAGCCAACCCACGAUGUUCAGGGAGCUAAAGGCGAGCAAUCGGCGGAUUCUUCAGGGAGCUCAUCUAGUCGGGAAACCCUCAUUAGAAAUCGAAGACAUCCAACAGGGAACCUAGAAAAAGUUCAAUAA